AUGAAUUUGUAUUUAAUAAUCAUAUUUCUAUCAGUUCUGAAGAACGGUUCUCCCUUUGAUCUACCGAACCAAUCAUGUGGAUCAGAUUUAACUAUAGACAAGGACCAUUAUAAUGCAUCGGAAGUAUACGACGUUGGUAACGCCUAUCCAACGGAUGCCCACUAUGAUAAAUACGGAAAUUUAUUCUUUAUAGAAUCCGGACGAAAUUUAGACGGGUACUAUUUUGAUGCAAAGGUAGUUAAAGCGAAUUCAACAGUACCUGAAAAAGUUAACGGGCUUCCUGAUGGACAGUGUUACUCUGUUACUGUCGACAAAACCAGUUCUUUGGUGUACUUCGGGACAGGGAGAGGCAUUUACGCUUAUAAUUACAAUUCAGAAGAUACGAAACUAGUUUCAUCUCCUGAAAUAAAACCGAACGAAUUGUUCCUAGAUAAAGACGGAAACAAAUAUAUAACGGAAAGUGACGACGGAGUUGAACAACUUUACCUAUUGUCAGGCGAAAGAAAAAUAAGAUUUAAAUCCCUCGAAGCUCUUAAUGAGGUCGCCGUUGAUGAUAAAAACAACUUCUAUUUCAUCAAGGAUGACAAACUGUUUGUCCUUAAAAACAAUCUAUCGUUUCCAACAUUGGUUGGCAACGUUACGUACGAAGGUCUGGGGCAAAUUUCAGUUCACAAGAACGUUGUGUAUGUCGCUAGUGAAACGCUAUACUACAUCCAUGAAAAUGAUACGGCUCUUAAGAAUGUAAAUCUACGCGAUAACGUAACGGCUAUUGCUUUCGACAGUUCGAGUAACUUAGCGCUGGGUACUUACGGAAAAAUAGUCAAGUAUGAAAACAAGAAUAGUGAGUGUUAUCAUCGAAAACAUUAG